GUUUCUUUGAAAAACUCAAAUAAAAUAAUUAAACAAUUUAGUAUUACAGAGAUUAAGAAAUAUGGAAUUAAAUAAUGUUGCUAAAAGGACUGCACAAGACUCACUUAAUGAAGUUAUAGAAAUUGUUUCUGGAAAAUAUUUAUAUAUCGCGUAAAAUUGGUAAUGAUAGGUUCGAAGUGUUGAAAAUCCAAUAUCAUGGUAAGAAGGAUUUAGCAUCAAUAUCCAAUUAAAUUUCUUUGACUGUUACGGUUUAUGGGUGAAGAUGUUAAAAAUAAAGGUAUGUACCCCAGGAAAACUAUCCAUUUAUUAGAAAUUUAUAAAGUUUAAACAGUAAAGUGAAUAAUACGAAGGCAACAGGGUUUAGACCCUUUCAAAUAGAGGGAGAUUCAUAAGAAUGCAGCAUAGAUUAGAAACAGAAUUUAAAAGAUUAGCAGUCACUUUUUAAAUUUUCAACUAAGAAGAAAUUGAUUAUGUUUCAUAAGUAGUAUCUAAGGAUAGAGAUUUCAAAAUUGAAGGUUCUAGAAUUUUCAAUAAUAUAAAUCGAAAUGAUAUUAUAUAUUAUUAUUUAAUUAUUUAAUAUAAUGAUUUAACCAUAAGAAGAUAAUAGAAAUAUUAAAUUAUAUUGCUUAACUUGCAGGAAUAAUAAGAAUUGUUAUUUUGCCAAAAGAGUUAAGAAUAGUUUAACUUUAGCAAUAUGCGAAGAUUGUUAUUAGAAAUUAUCUAAGGAUAAGGAUGAAUAUAUUAACAUGAAGGAUUACAGAAAUUAUCAAUUAGAAUUACUAAAAAUUUCAUAACCUUUAUUAUAUUAUUUUUCUGAAAUAAGUAGCAAAACAUAUGAUAAUCUUAUUUUAACAGAUCAGUAGAAGUCUACCUUUAAAGAGUAUAAUGAGAAAUAUAAUUAAAUUGAUAAAAUGUUAAGGGAAGUAGAAAAUGGAAGUUCAGAAUCUAUUUUGAAGUUAUUGUUUUAAUUUCAAGAGACUUAAGACAAAUUCCACUAUGAUUUAUUAAUACUCCUCAAGUUUGAAAAGUAAAUAAAUUUAGUGGAAAAAAUUGAUAUCAAUAGAUUUAGAAAUGAAUAGGAUAUAUAUUUUGGACAUAAUUUUCAGAAUUUUCUCUAAAAGUUUUUAACAAAAUCUAUGUAAAAUGAAAUAAACAAAAAACUUUAACAAAUCAUCGGUAAUUGCAUUGAUUUUCCUCUUUUUUUACACUUAGUUGGUGAUAAAUUCAAUGAUACCUCAUAAAGCGAGUUUGUUAAAUAAAAUUAUUAUGGAUAUCUCAAUAAUGAAAAUUAAAAAGAAGGACUUGGCUUUUGGAAUUCAAAUAAUUAAUUAUUUUAUGGCAUAUUUUAUGAGGAUAUUUUUCUUUGGGGAAUCAAAGUUAUUAUUUAUUCACAAACUUAAUUCACCUUAUUCAAAGGUUUCUUCUCAAAAUGCAAGGAAAAAGAUGGACAAAAUUAUUUACUCAAUGGAACUGGAGAAAUGACUUCAACAGAUGAGAAUUGGGGUUGGCAUGAAUAUCAAGGGGGAUUCAGAGACGAAAAGAGAUAAGGAGAAGGUACAUAUACUUGGAAGUCAAGGGAUAAUAAGGAAGCCAAAUAUACUGGAUAUUGGUUAAAUGAUUAAUAUCAUGGUUAGGGCACUCUAGUCAUACCAGAUUAAAAUAUAACUAUAGAAGGAGAAUUUAACUUUGGAGUUCCAAUUUACCAAAGUUGUGAAAUAACAGGCAAAGACAUACCACGAUAAGUUUUGAGUAACUAUCUAGAAUAAAAAAAUAAAUAGACUAUAGAGAACAAAUUUCCUUUAUAACAAUAGCCUUAGAUGAAAUUGAACAUUGAUGACAUUUAAAAAACACAGAUAUUUUCAACAUUUAGCCAAAGUUUAACCCCUUAAAACUAAUAAACAGCAUCUACUUUUUAAUAAACUUAACAAAAAAUAAAUUAAACAAAUCAAAAACAUUUUUUGAUUAAAUCGACCUAAAAUCAACCAAACUAAUAAUAACAAUGA